CUCAUUUCAAAUAACCUCAAGCUUCAUAUAAUUUUCUAUUUUCCAAAUCUCCUCCUUAGACUGCAAACCCAAUACAACCAUUGGAUCGAAUUCUGUUUGGAUUCGGUCUAAUGGUUUGGGAGUUCUAAUAAGUCUAAGUUUUCUCUGGAACAGAAUUCUGUACAUAUUUAGAAGAACUUGUACUUGAUAAGUAUCAGGAACAAGAUGGACAAGGUGAUGAGGAUGGCCUCCGAAAAGGGUGUGGUGAUUUUCACAAAGAGCUCUUGUUGCCUCUGCUAUGCAGUCAACAUUCUGUUUCAAGAACUUGGGGUGAGUCCAGUGGUUCAUGAAAUUGACAAAGACCCUGAAGGCAGGGAAAUGGAGAAAGCUCUGUCGAGGUUAGGCUGUACUACACCUGUCCCUGCUGUGUUCAUAGGAGGGAAGCUAAUGGGAUCCACCAAUGAAAUCAUGUCCCUCCACCUAAGUGGUUCACUGACUCAAUUGCUUAAACCAUAUCAAGCUUAAUCUUCAAAAAAGAAACACAAAAAAUUGUUCCUGAUACCUUGCUGGAAGAAUAAACUGGCUUGAAUCAGUAGAGUAGUGAGCUUAAUAUUGAUAUUCUAUCUAGUGUUUUAUUAUUUAUGUCUGAAGCGCUUUCUAUUAUUUGAUUAGCUAUAAUGUAAUCUGAUAAAUUAUUCUUAAUGAAGU